AUUUAAUUGAUAAAUAGUACCUAAGUCAACUAUAUUGCAAUUAAAAAAAAACGAAAGAAAAUAGUACCUUUGCUUUUUCUUCAUCAAGCGAUCUUAACUUAGAUAAUCAACCAUCCAUUAACACCAUUCUUACAAUUCAUAUAUACAUAACUCAUCCUUUUUUGUUUGGCUCCGAUUUCGCAUAUGGUUUAGAGAAAACAGUAUCAAUUGUAGUAAAUUGAGAAUUUUGAUUUAAUAUAGUUAUUGAGGGCGUACCCAAAUUACUCUCAGUAGGGUUUCGAUAGCCUACCCGAAUCAAAAUUAAAAACUUGUACUAAAUUUACAGAAGCUAGUAAUUCCAACGUAGCAAUGGGCUUCCUAACCUGAUUCAAUGAAAUUCGAUUGGAUUGUCGAUUAGCAGAAAGAGGAAAUCCGAUAUCUAUAAAAUCGAUUGGAUGUCAGUCUUGAAUCAGCUCUUCAAUCGGGGUGUUCUCGGCACCAGAUGCAAAACGUGCUUAACUUUGGCGAUCUCCCGAAUCAAGUUGCUGCAGAAUAGGAGAGAUGGCCAGCUGAAACAAGCACGCAAGGAAAUCGCACAAUUUUUGCAGAGUGGCCAAGAACCCAUAGCUAGAAUCCGGGUUGAGCAUAUUAUACGAGAACAAAACAUUUGGGAAGCAUAUGAGAUUUUGGAGAUAUUUUGUGAAUUUGUUCUUGCACGAGUGCCUAUCCUUGAAAGCCAAAGGAAUUGUCCUUCGGAGUUGCAGGAGGCUAUAACGAGCAUAAUAUUUGCUGCUUCAAGGUGCUCUGAUAUACCUGACCUCCUGCAAGUUAAAAACUUGUUUGCUGCAAAAUAUGGAAAGGAGUUUAUUUCAGCUGUCUCCGAGCUCCGACCUGAUACUAGUGUUAACCGUACAAUAAUUGAGAAACUCUCAGUUAGUGCUCCAUCUGGACAACUAAAACUGAAGCUAUUAAAGGAAAUUGCAAAGGAAUAUAAUGUCAACUGGGAUCCUUCCGAAACUGAAGUAGAAUUCUACAAGAAACAUGAUGAUCUACUGAAUGGUCCGAGGUCAAUACUUGAGAAUUCUUUGCUUUCCGGGCCUCCCACCCAGCACUUACGGGAUACAGCCUCUCCAUCAUCCAAUGAUGCACAAUCGGUUAUGCCUCCGAAUUCAACAACCAAACCGAGUCUGCAAAAUCUUCAACAAUCCCAGCCAACAUUGAGUUCACAUGGGGCUAGAGCAUCAAACCGGAACAGCUCUACUGAAAGCUCUAUAAAUGACGAUAGAAAGGAGGCAGGAAUACGUUCUUCCAAUAUCUUAGAGAAAGCUAGAGCAGCAAUCACCUCAGCGGAACGUGCUUCAGCUGCAGCCCGAGCAGCUGCUCAAUUGGAGAAUGUUAAUUUUGGGUCGUUGAAACUAGAAGGGAAAUCCUGAAUGAAUUAAAAAGACGAGUUCAAUUGUAAUUGUAUCUUAUUGUGAACCGCUGUCUGGAAACUAGAGCAGUGAAGCUGCAUAUAUAAAUUCUAGGGUUUGGUAUCCCGCUUUUUCGCUUUUUUUGACAUUGAAUAAUUGGUUUUAGACGCUUAGCGUUCACAUUUUAUCCACAUUAAGGAGCGUUGAAAAAUAACCGCUUAAAAGCUCUGUGUUUAUUUCAACGCUUUUUAUUGUAUAAAAAUAAGUGUAGAAAAACUGUAUAUUUUGUUGUAGUAGAUGUAAGUAAGGCAUUUGAGAUGUUGAAAGUAGGCGUUAAGGAUACGGUAAGUAAGCAUUAAGGAUAAUGUAAGUACGCAUUAAGAAUACGGUAAGUAAGUAUUAAUUCUUAAUGGGUUGGACUUGAGAUACGUCUUUUAAAGAGACAGUCUCUCGUGAGAUUAGCUGUAAUGUAUUUAUAAGGAAUAGUAUUGAUAGGUUUCUUGGAUUUUCAAUGA